GUUUAACUUUAAUACCUAAACUGGUUUGAAAAGCUGCAAUUCGUUUAUCUUUAUUUCACGGACGCGAGAAGUUAGCCAAGAUGUUCAAGCUCCUGUUCUGCAUCGUAAUCUUGGCAGGCAUAGCCGUUCAGGAAAACGCUGUGGAGGCCUCAAAAUUCGCUCAGCUGUGUUCUUCAAAUCCUUUCAACACGGUACGAGGAUGCGAUCGGAAAGGAUGUGGAUACUAUGGAGCUUCGAGGGGCAGUAGAAGUCAUAGAGGAGUUGACAUAACAUGCAACCCAGGCAGCACAGUAUAUGCUCCAUUCGAUGGGACUAUUGUCGGUCGAUAUUGGCCUUUUCCGAACAAUUAUCAUGCAUUCAAUAACGGUCUGCGAAUCCAAGGAACUGGCAACUUCAAAGGCUUCAGGGCUAGAAUUUGUUUUUUUUCACCAACAGUCUACGGUGGUACAAUUUCAAGGGGAACAGCAUUGGGCAUAUCGCGACGUCUACCUUAUCGCCGCAUUACCCAGCACGUUCACCUUCAAUUAUACAGAGGGGGGAAGAUUGUAGAUCCUACCCCAUAUUUGUAAGCUGA